UUUAAAUGGUUAAAAGAAAUAGCCUCCAGACUAAUCCCUUCAAAUCAAUCAAGCUGUUAUAUCAUUGAUAUCUCUGUCCAUCUUCCCCUUCUCCUCUCCUCUGUAACAAUAACGACAACAAAUUUUCUUUUUCUCUGCGGCGGCCUGUUUUCUUUUUCUCUUGAUGGGUGCCACUUUCUCUGCUUUAUUUUUCGACCCAAGUGGGUCUGGGCCUUCUGUUUCGGUGCCAGCGAAGCCGGGUCUGGGUGAUUUGCCGGAGAGUUGUGUGGCUUCAAUUAUUGCCUAUUUGGAUCCGCCGGAGAUUUGCAAAUUGGCUAGGCUGAAUAGAGCUUUUCGUGGCGCUUCUUGGGCUGAUUUUGUUUGGGAAUCGAAAUUGCCUUCAAAUUAUCAAACUUUAAUUGGCAAAGUGCUUGGUGAUCUCAAAGAAAACAUGGGUAAAAGAGAGAUUUAUGCCAGGCUAUGUGGUACUAAUACCCUUGAUGGUGGCACAAAGAAAGUUUGGCUCGAUAAGAGUAGCGGUGGUGUGUGUUUAUCAAUUUCUGCAAAGGGCUUAGCAAUCACUGGUAUUGAUGAUAGGAGAUAUUGGAAUCAUAUUCCGACUGAGGAAUCAAGCUUUGCUUCAGUUGCUUAUCUUCAGCAAAUGUGGUGGUUUGAAGUUGACGGCGAGAUGGAGUUCCCAUUUCCUGUGGGAACUUAUAGUGUGUUCUUCAGACUGCAGUUGGGUCGGACAGCGAAGAGGUUUGGUCGCCGCAUAUGCAACACUGAGCAUGUCCAUGGCUGGGAUCGAAAGCCUGUUCAGUUUCAGCUCUGGACCUCAGACGGUCAGCAUACUUCAUCUCAAUGUAUUUUGAAUGAACCUGGAAGAUGGGUUCAAUACCAUGUUGGGGACUUUGUUGUCGAGAAUGCCAAUGCAAUAACAAAGAUUAAGUUCUCUAUGACUCAAAUCGAUUGUACACACACUAAAGGCGGUCUCUGUUUAGAUUCUGUACAAAUAUACCCUAGAAAAUAUGCGGGCAGGUUAAAGCAUUUUUGAGCAGCAUUUAACCGUUGCAUGUAGGAAGUACAAUAUAAUGUAGAAAGGUAGGGCAUUUUCAACAGUGAGUGGAAAAAAUACCAGUAGUUCUUAGGUCUGGAACCUUUUUUAUGCCAGAGUUUGUGUAUGCUAUUGUCUGUUAGUGUGUAAUUAUCUUUUUUACCCCCUUUCUCUGUAGGAGCUUCAGGAUUGUGAAAUUUGUUCAUGGCUGUGAUGCUUUUCUUCGAUUGUGAGUUUAAUUAUGAUCUUAUUGAGAGUCUUCCUAGAAGAAACAUUUGUAUGUUUGGAUGGCAAUAAAGCCUACCUAAUUUCGGUUUCCCAAUCCAUAGAGAAAUGGAGUCUGUUUUAGUCAUCAA